GUCACGCAGGAAAAUUCGAUCAAGAUGGCUGACGGCGUGGACAUCGAUAUUUACGAAAACUUAGAAGAUUUUAACCAGCAAGAAGGUGAAUUCAACCAUCAUGAAGGCAUUGACUUGUAUGAUGAUGUGAUCACAGCCCCCUCUGGUGAGGGUGAACCAGUUGCAACACCCAAGCCAGCCCCUACAUCGCAAACACAAGUUCCCACUGGAGCGUGGACAGGCAAGAGGAUUGCAUUGUAUGUUGGAAACCUGACGUGGUGGACAACGGAUCAAAACUUGACGGAUGCCAUCUCCAGUUUGGGAGUCACAGAUCUGGUUGAGAUAAAAUUUUAUGAAAACAGAGCUAAUGGACAGUCCAAGGGGUUUGCCGUUGUCACGUUGGGGUCAGAUGCCUCGUAUAAGACAGUCAUGGACCGCCUGCCAGGAAAAGAGCUCCAUGGACAGAAUCCAGUAGUCACACAAUGUAAUAGGAAUGCUCUCAAUCAGUUUGAGCAGCAGUCUCGAAAGCCGGACCAACAGGGCCCAGGUAAGGCUUUCCGGGACCACGAUGGCGGGAGGGGUAAUGGUCCAUCGAUGGGGCGAGGACGUGGAUUUGUACCUAGAGGACCCAGACCGUCAGUAUCACCUGGUCCACAAGGCCCUCCUGGUCCUCAUAACAACCAUAACCAUGGUCCACCACAACAUCACGGCCCACCACCAGGGCACCAUGGUGGUCCUCAUGGCCCUCCGCCUCCAAGGCCAGGCCCGCCACCACACCAUCAUCAAGGUCCACCUCCACCACGUCCAGGCCCACCACCACCAGGACAUAUGGGAGGACCACCACCCGGCAUGCCUCCAAGGGGCCCUCCCCCAGGUGGACCUAGAGGACCACCCCCAGGGCAGGACCCAAGAGGACCUCCUCCAGGACCCCCAAGGCCAGACUGGGACCACAGGCCACCGGCGCCAUUCCAUCCGGGAGGGCCGCCCCCGAACCAUCAUCAUCCAGGAGGUCCACCACCUGGUCACCCUGGAGGACCACCACCCCCGAGGCCGGGACCUCCGCCUCAGAAUCCAUACCCUGGGCCACCACCACCCAGACAGCCAGGUCCCCCUGGUCACCCCCCACACAUGGGACCCCCUCCACAAGGUCCACCACCCCCACAUGUUGUGCCACCAGCGCCACAUGUUAACCCAGCAUUCUUUCCCCCGGCUUCACAACCACCACCAGUGCAGGCCCCUCCGCCUGUUCAGCCAGAUCCCUAUGGCCGACCACCGCCAGUGUCCUACCCGAGCGAUCCGUAUGCGCACAGGCCUCCUCCAGAAAGCACCGUAGAUGCGUAUGGUCGUCCUGUGGCAACUUAUACGGGUGACCCGUAUGAUCGGGCAGCAGUCCCAGAGAGACAUGAUCGUGACCGUGAUCCACUGACACCAUCUGUCACCGAACAAGAGUUUGAAGACAUGCUUGAGCAGAAUAAAACGAUUAUGCGCAGUGCAAUAGACAAGGUGGUCAAGGAUGCAAGACAAGGAAAAUACGCGAGUGCGAUUGAGACGCUGGUUACUGCCAUCUCGUUGAUCAAACAGUCAAAGAUUGCCAACGAUGACAGGUGUAAGAUCUGCAUCACGUCACUCCAGGAUACUCUACAUGGAGUCGAGUCCAAAUUAUAUGGGUCAGAAGUGAGUUCCCGAGAUCGACGUUCAAGGUCAUGGUCACGCGAACGUGAACGCGAUCGUCAUGAUGACCGCGAGAAACGCAGCAGGCAUCGCUCAAGGAGUCGCGAACGUGAAAAAGCGAGCACGCGUAGUCGUGAUCGCAGUGAACGUAGCGAACGUUACCACGAGGAGAGGAGUAGUCGCCAUAGAGACGGUGAUCGCGAUCGAGAGCGUGAUCGGGAGCGAGAUAGUGAGCGCUACAGUACUAGUAGCAGUAGCAGAAGACAUUGAGCGAGGUGAAAUACAAGGGCUACUCUAUCUUUAUUGUAAUAUCCACAACGGUGUAAAUUGUAAGCGUAGCACUAAAGUCAUGUACGUAUAGAUUAUAAACAUUGUGUGAACUUUGUUAUGUAAACACUUCGAGUUGUACAAAUAUCAUGGAUUAGAGAAAUCAUGGAUUGCAUGGAAUUGGAGAAAGAGGUGGUCAAAGUGGCUGCAGGAUCAAGUGAAUUGAAAAGAACUCAGGAUGGAUAAGAGAUGGAGGGAGAGAGGAGUGGAAGAGAAGAGAAUAGAGAUGGAAAAUCAGCGUCAUUUUAGGAUUAUCAUUGUUAGAUUUCUUCACGCAGCGUGGGAUUACUAAGUAUACUUCAUUAAUUGGAUUCACCGACGUUUUACUGUUUUAAUCGCGCUGCAGCUAUCGUACCUUUUUUCGCGUUUUUGGUCCCAAUAAAACUGUAGUGCUUCAAGCUGUCAAUUAAAAUGAAUGUGUUUUGUCUUAAACGCGUUGUUAUUUUUCCAUUUUUAACUUGGGUUGAUUUGAAGUGAAAUCCAUUUUUCGCGUUUUGCAUAUUUCAUCCAGUAGCACUUUCACAAAACUUGGAACUUUGUACUCAAAAUAGUUUUGUUCAACUGCCAGUUGUCUUACCUAAAGUGUUCAUGGGAUGGUUCCUGACCUAUUUGUGUCCUCGGUAACUGAAAGUCACUUGAGCCUUUCAAAGUGAUGGUAGGAGCAGAUAAUGUGUCUUUCCACAGCUUUGGGUCUAUGCUGAAACACCAAAACUUGUAUUGGUAUUCUGUACAUCCUCCUGUUUUCGCAUGAGGCGUUUAAGUUUCAAUAUGAAUUAGGAAACAAUUGCAAUGUCAGUUGUCUGUAAAUUUGGAGUUAUUUUAUAUGUGGAAAACUAAAAGAAUACAUGCUUCUGGUGAAAACAGAGGCCUUGAGGUAGACUGGUCUUACUUGUGUUGUAUUCGCUGGUGUGGGAACUGGCUUGACAUGUUAUUGCGGCAGUAAGUUGGAGCCCAAACCUUAGGCCAAACAGUUGUUCCAGCAAAAUGCCUGUGGUUUAGGUAUGGUUUUAUCAACAACUCCAUACCACAGGAAACGAUGUAAUGCAUGCUUUAUAAGCAUAAUCAUUCUCACUCGGUGCCCAAGAAUGUUUGUCAAACUGUGUUUCUUGUUUUUUCACAAGCUUCAAACAUUAAAGACACACCUCAGAUAGCAGGGCGCCCUCUAUCAUUUAAACGUCUCAUUCUUCCUCCAAAACUGGUAGUUUCCUCUCAUGUUGACCACUGUGACUUUGUAGUCGCACCUCUCGAUUUAGGACAAGGUGUCCUUGAUACAGAGGUUUCAGUUCCACUGUUAACUUUUGAAGCUUGUGAAAAGAUAAGCUUUCUCAGGAUAGGAUAAAGUCCUGUUGACUUCGCCCAAUUUUCAUUUUGUCCAUAGGUGUACAUGAAUAUGGUAGUGUAUAUGUUACCUAUGCAUGUCUUAAUCGCAAUUUCUUCACUAAAUACGCUAGGAAUCACAAAAGUGAUGCGAAAGAAUAAAGACCCGAUGUGCAACAUUCUUGAAGAGAAGUUCAGGUAAAAAUCACUUUGUACAUGGUGUUAUAUUAGUAGGUAAUUUUGAUAAACAUUCUGUUCUCAUCAACCCAAUUAACAGUGUCCUCAUCUUUCUCAAAAAAGGGUACCCCAAGUUGGUCCCAAAUGUUAGGAGAACUCUGUUCUCGUACAAAAACUUAUUGUAAGGUGUCUUUGAGUUCUGUAAUUUGGGUUGAUGAGAUCAUUCAAGUUUCGUUCAUAAUCUACUGCAGAAAAAGGUACCAUACACUUUAUCUGUGGAUGAUAAUCUUGUUAAAAUUUGCAAUUGUGUCACAUUUAGGGGUACUCCAAGUGACUGUAUCAUUCCUCAGCGCCAGGUUGUUUGAAAGCAUUUGGCACAUAACAGCAUGUUGACAUGUCGUUUAGUGUACAUUAUUAUUGUCCAUGAAACGACUCGUCAACAAUGCGUUAUGGUUGUAUAUUGUAAGCUAAGCUGACUUGCUUUCCAAUAUUCCAGCCCUGGAGAUAGCAAUGGAGUAGAAAUCUGAGUCUUCAUUUAUUUUUGCUAUCACAUACAUUUUGGUAGUCCCUUGUAUUAGUUGCUCAGGUAUUGGGAAAGAAAUGAAGUAGAUCUUGCAUGUCACUCUCACCGGUAUAAAGCGAUUUUAGGGUGAUUAGCCAAAACCCCACUCUAAAUAUUAGAGGGUCUAUGUGAGAAUAUAGUCCUUGUUAUGACUUUCAUCGUUGCCAUUUUGAAAUAUUAGUCCACGUCGCCACCACACGUUGAUUGUGACGAGGUCACAGGUUACAGAGUGAAUUAGUCAAAAUAGUUUGGCUCGAAAGUAAUUGUACUAUUUACUAUUGGAUAUUACCUUUUUUCUCAGUAUCUCUUAUUGAUAUAAUUUAGUCAUCGCAUAAAGAAUGUUUGUUGCUAGUUCUAUUAUGAUGGACAACAUGUUUUGGUUGUAUUUGAACCCUUCCGAGAAGUACAUGUAGAUGUCCUUGCUAAUUGAAACUUCUGUUAUAUGAGAAACAGUCACAGAAUCGCCAAGGUUAAUGUAAAUGAUGAAAACAACUUCAAUGGGUGUAUAAAGUUUUGAAUGUCACCUGCUGUUUUUAACACAUUUUAGCAGUACAAACUGGUUUGAUAAGCAUUAGGCCGUUUUCUCCUUUCUUUACUUCAAGUAUAUCAAUGUUGUGAUUGUCACUAAGAUAAAUUUGCAAGUAUGCGUUCCGCUUUAUAACUAAUUAAUCAUGUUCUCAUAAUGUCAAUAUUAUUAUUAAGUCAACAUUCAAUUCAACUGGUUGUCAUAUGAUGUGCACUAAUUAUUACAAGAAACGAAAUGCUGUACAAGUGUCAGAUGGGAUCAUUUAAAGAUGAUAUCCUAUCUUGCAGAAAAAUUAUGUUUUAAUGGGAUAGUUAGGUGAUCUCACAUCUUCAAUGCUUGUUAUAUAUGCCGACGAAAGCUUUGUCCGAAGAAAAUACCUUCCUAAGUCUUGUGUCGCCAAAUUGAAUGUAGAUGGCAUACUAUUGUAGUGGCCAUGGAUAUGUACAUGUAUUAAUUACAACUGAGAACACAAGAUUUUUAGAGGCCUUGCAUAUACUUUGACUAGAAUUCAACCAAAGAAGUAGUUGCCUGCAAUCAGAUAUUAGUAAUAUGUUUAAAUUUCACUUUCCAUGUAUGCUAGUCUUUGACACUUUGAUGCCAAUUGUGGAAUACUGCCUUUGGGAUUUAAUGAAACCUCAUUGAUGUCUUUCCCUGUGUAAAUUGUUUAAUAUUGUGUCGCACACAACACUGGAGCAGACUGCUUACCAUUUUAAAUCUCGUUGCCUGAACAUUGCCUUGCUUUCUGAUUUCAGCCUGGUGAGGUGAUAUCUGAUGUCAUUGGUUGGUGCUUACACACACCAAAUAACAAAUCCAACUUGUUUCAUUACAGAUUGAACCAGCAAUCCAGCCAAUUUCAAGCCACCCUUCCAUUGACUUAUGACGGAAACGCUGAUAAUGUUCAAGUGUAAUCAUCAAAGCUUUUAAUGACGUUUCAAGAACAGAGGUGCUCAUUGCUUUUCAAAAGAACCUGCCAUUUUAACCGUUCUACUAAGAUUUAGGAAGCAACGUCCAUUUUAUCACAGCAUUUAUUUUGUACUAUUUUACAGCAUUAAUAAAAUAUAUUUGUGUA